GGGGCGGGGAUAACCCCUCACGUGGAGCAGAUGAAAGGGCCGCGGCGCGACGGCCGGGGAAACCGAGUGGAGCCUGCGACCCACAAAGCCGCUGCCGCCGCGAUGGGGCUGUGAGGCGUCCGCCCUAGCUCGGUCCUCCGCCGGCCCGCGACUAUGCCCGGCCGCGCCCGCCCUCCGCGCCCUCCCGCCGCAGGACCAUGAGGCCGCGCUCGGGCGGGCGCCCAGGGGCCCCGGGCCGCCGCCGCCGCCGCCGCCCCCGCGGCCCCCGCGGCCACCGCCUGCCGCCACCGCCGCCACUGCCGCUGCUGCUCGGGCUGCUGCUGGCGGCCACGGGGCCCGGCGCGGCGCGGGCCAAGGAGACGGCGUUCGUGGAGGUGGUGCUGUUCGAGUCGAGCCCGAGCGGCGACUACACCACCUACACCACCGGCCUCACGGGCCGCUUCUCGCGUGCCGGGGCCACGCUCAGCGCGGAGGGCGAGAUCGUGCAGAUGCACCCACUGGGCCUGUGUAAUAACAAUGAUGAAGAGGACUUGUAUGAGUAUGGCUGGGUAGGAGUGGUGAAGCUGGAACAGCCAGAAUUGGACCCCAAACCAUGCCUCACUGUCCUGGGCAAGGCCAAGCGAGCAGUGCAGCGGGGAGCUACUGCAGUCAUCUUUGAUGUGUCUGAAAACCCAGAAGCCAUCGACCAGCUAAACCAGGGCUCAGAAGACCCACUCAAAAGACCAGUGGUGUACGUGAAGGGCGCCGAUGCUCUCAAGCUAAUGAACAUUGUUAACAAGCAAAAAGUGGCCCGAGCAAGGAUCCAACACCGCCCUCCUCGACAACCCACCGAGUACUUUGACAUGGGCAUCUUCCUGGCGUUCUUUGUCGUGGUCUCCUUGGUCUGCCUCAUCCUCCUUGUCAAAAUCAAGCUGAAGCAGCGACGUAGUCAGAAUUCCAUGAACAGGCUGGCUGUGCAGGCUCUGGAGAAGAUGGAAACUAGAAAGUUCAACUCCAAGAGCAAGGGGCGCCGGGAGGGAAGCUGCGGGGCCUUGGACACCCUCAGCAGCAGCUCCACGUCCGACUGUGCCAUCUGCCUGGAGAAGUACAUCGACGGAGAGGAGCUGCGGGUCAUCCCCUGUACUCACCGGUUUCACAGGAAGUGCGUGGACCCAUGGCUGCUGCAGCACCACACCUGCCCCCACUGUCGGCACAACAUCAUAGAACAAAAGGGAAACCCGGGUGCCGUGUGUGUGGAGACCAGCAACCUUGCACGCAGUCGGCAGCAGAGGGUGACCCUGCCAGUACAUUACCCUGGCCGCGUGCACAGGACCAAUGCCAUCCCAGCCUACCCUACAAGGACAAGCAUGGACUCCCACGGGAACCCCGUCACACUGCUCACCAUGGACCGGCAUGGGGAGCAGAGCCUCUAUUCUCCACAGACCCCCACCUACAUCCGCAGCUACCCACCCCUGCACCUGGAUCACGCCCUGGCCACUCACCGCUGUAGUCUGGAGCACCGGGCCUACUCCCCAGCCCACCCCUUCCGCAGGCCCAAGUUCAGUGGCCGCAGCUUCUCCAAGGCAGCUUGCUUCUCCCAGUAUGAGACCAUGUACCAACAUUACUACUUCCAGGGCCUCAGCUACCCGGAGCAGGAGGGCCAGCCUCUGCCCAGCCUCACGCCCAGGGGCCCGUCCCGUGCCUUUCCAGUGAGCGGCAGCGGCAGCGGCAACGGCAACCUGCUCUUCCCCACUGUGGUGCACGUGGCCCCGCCUUCCCACCUGGAGAGCGGCAGCACUUCCAGCUUCAGCUGCUACCACGGCCACCGCUCAGUGUGCAGUGGCUACCUGGCCGACUGCCCAGGCAGUGACAGCAGCAGCAGCAGCAGCUCUGGCCAGUGCCACUGCUCCUCUAGUGACUCUGUGGUGGACUGCACUGAGGUCAGCAACCAGGGUGUGUACGGAAGCUGCUCCACCUUCCGCAGCUCCCUCAGCAGUGACUAUGACCCCUUCAUCUACCGAAGCCGGAGCCCCUGCUGCACCAGCGAGGCGGGGGCCUCAGGCAACUCUGGCCGGGGGCCUGCCAUUUGCCUUGAGGGCUCCCUGCCACCCGAGGAGCUCCCGGCAGCACACAGUUAUGGUGCUGGGAGGGGAGAACCGUGGCUGGGCCCUGCUUCUCCCUCAGGGGACCAACUGUCCACCUGCAGCCUGGAGAUGAACUACAGCAGCAACUCCUCGCUGGAGCACAGGGGGCCCAAUAGCUCUACCUCAGAAGUGGGGCUCGAGGCUUCUCCUGGGGCUGCCCUGGACCUCAGGAGGACCUGGAAGGGGAGCCGGGAGGGGCCCUCAUGUGCCUGCUGCUGUGAGCCUCAGCCCUCUGCACCGGGGCCUGGGGCAGGGGCAGCCAGCGGUGGCAGCACCUUGCUCCUGGGUGCUCUGCUCCUUGAGGGCUGUGGCCCUGUGGGUGGGGAGCCACAGUCCAGAGGCUCCCUCGGCCUGUAUGGCCUCCACCCAGACCAUUUGCCCAGGACAGAUGGGGUGAAAUAUGAGGGCCUGCCCUGCUGCUUCUAUGAAGAGAAGCAGGUGGCCCACAGUGGUGGCGGGGGUAGUGGCUGCUACACUGAGGACUACUCAGUGAGUGUGCAGUACACACUCGCCGAGGAGCCCCCACCCAGCUGCUCUCCAGGGGCCCGGGACCUGAGCCAGCGCAUCCCCAUCAUUCCGGAGGACAUGGACUGUGACUUGGGCCUGUCCCCAGACUGCCAAGGGACCCACAGCCUCAGCCCCUGGAGUGGGACACUGGGCCUAGAUGCCCAGCGGCCCCACAGGAGCCUGGCAACAGCCAGGGAAGAGGAGCGGGUUCCAUGCCACCAGGCUGAGGUACUGCUACAGCCUGGCUGCCCCCCAGAGGAGGCAGGUGCCACCAGGGUCGGCCUCCCUGUUGCCCACCAGGACACUCAGGAGUCCAACACCCCAGCCACUGAGGCUGCAGGACUGGGAUCUCACCCACCAGACAGCAGCAGCCCAGGAGCCUGAGCUCAGAAGGAACUCUUAUCUAGAAAUUGGGAAAUUUAUGGAGACUCCAAACUCUGACUUCCUUCAAAACAAAAACAAGAAACAAAUUUUUUUUAGCUUUGACAAACACAAAAGUGGUAAUAAAGAGAGCCCUCUUUCUCAACCCAAAAUGUGAGCCACCUGUGGCAACUCCCCCACCGCCCACCCCACCCUCAUUAGCAAACCAACAGACAAAAUUCUGAGUCCUUUGUGUCUUUUGAUAACAUGUUAUUUUUUGUUUUGUAGAGUAUGUGCUUGGGGUUCCAAGGUGUGUGGGAUUGAGUUCUCUGUUUUUUUUUAAUAUUAUAUGUAAAUGUAAAAAGUUAUUUAAAUAUAUAUUUUAAAGAACCCUAGCUGCCAACUUUUGCUGAAAAAAAAAAAAAAAAUCACUGCUGCAUUAAAUGAACCACAUCAUGUGUAGAUACUGUUGUCUCCCCUGAGGGAGCUCAGGCCUUUGAAAAGCUCAGGGCUACACCUGCCUUAGAAAAUGAACCAGAAACUUGAAGUAAAGCUAGUUGAUAUGGGUACAAACUCUGAGGAACAAUGCAAAGCUGCCUUUCUUUCUUGUGGCAAAUCUGAACAUAAAAAACGUCAGGUCCUCUCUGAAGCCACGCCUCUCCAGCCCACACCUGUAGGCAGAGAACAGAAAUGGCGAGGAGUAGGCCCAGGCCAUAAAAUCUGCAGCACUGGAGAGCUGAGUCGAGCCUUUGCUAUAGAAGCCCCAGGGUGAAAGGGACAAUUUUGCCCAGUAUCCUCAGUGUGUCCCUUUGGGUCAUUAUCCCAAGCAAAAAGAGUUCCCGGUCCUGGUCUUGACAGAGGUCCAGAUUAUAAUAAGGGCAGUGUUCAUGUAGUCUUGUACACGAACUCUCAGCCCUGGGGCAGGGAAGAGGAAGCUCUCCCUUCUGUGAUCCUGACUUUGGAAUCCUUUGGAAAAAUAUUUUGUGCUUCCUGCCACUGGCUGCAGAAAUGGUUCAGCAGGGUGUAUGGGGCAGACACCCAGGAGGAAUGUAGUUUUGUGGCCUUGGUGUCCCGAUGGGGCUGGGAGGAGUGCUCUGCGCUCACCCAGCAGCACACUACCCUUUGGAGAAGGGAUGGGCACGCUGGAGCAAGCCUGUGCGCAUGCACGUUUGUGAGGGCGGCCAUGCCCCUUGACUGCUGCUUCCUUGGACUGCCUUCCUGGGGGCAAGUUCUCAGACCCCUCAGGGUGUGCACUGAGCUCCAUUCGAAUGAUGCUUUUCCUAUUCCAUUUCCCCCAUGGAAGCACUGCUUCAGGGUUUUUCAGCCCUCUGCCUAGUGGCUGAAAUUGCUCAUCUCGCCUGUAAAUGUCUACUACCCUGUCUACCUAAUGCACUAUUAUGUAUUGAUUCUCCAUGAGACAGAGAGACUAUCAGAUAGUUUAGACCCCAAAGGGUAGGGUUUUGUAUAUUUUUCCAGCCUUUUGUUUGUUUUUUUAAAGGGGGAGGGAGAGUUUUAAGAACCCAAACUUGUUUCUUUUUCUUUUUUCUUUUUUUUUUUUAAGAUGUUUCAUUUUUAAAAGGGAGAGAAUAUUUAAAACUACUUCAGAUCAGGGAUUGUCAUCCUUUUUGUCCAAUGUAGUCCUUGUUGUCCUUUAAAAAAAAAAAAAGCAACUAAUCACAUUAGCCUUCAUGUGAAGUAAUUUCUGGUCACUUUUAUUCAUUUAGCAGAUACUUGUUGCCAUUUAAAGUUUUAUCUGUUUGGUCUAAAUGUUCAUUGCAGAAUAGGAAUCUUGAGCUCUGGCCUCCUGUAGGGGAAAUAGGGACCACCCUAGGUUGCAAGGAAACCCUUAUUACCACUCACAGUCGGCUCACAGGAAGUCAACCCAGAGUACAGACUGGAACAUUUUCAAUGAGAUAUCUCUUUAUAUAAUCCUUUUUUCUUUAAAACCCCAGUCUAUGAUCAGGAAAUGUACUUAUUUCUAGCUAGGAUUUGACAGUGAUCCCAGCAUCAAAGGAUGGAGCCAUUUGCCAUUUAGGAACUCACUGUGGAGAGAUUUGUCCUCCAGCCUCUGGGGUAUGGUCCCUUGGGGGUGGCUCCCCGCAAGCUGUCCCAGCACACCUGUUGGCGAGAGUGUGAGAAGCGCCUAAGCUGUUGACAUGAGAUCAGGGCUGCCUUUAUUUCUGGGGCCAGGAGUAGCAGCUGCUCAGGACAACAGCUUGCAUUACAUGGUUUAGGGAAGGGGGGUGUAUGGCUUUUAACAUGAACUGCAAAAAGCAGCUUCUCAUUGUUGAGAUUUUUGUUGUUUGUGGUUUUGCUUUCUUGUUUUUAAUGCCUUUGAAUGCAUAUUAUCUUCCUUGUCUGAAACCAUACCCCCAAAGCAGCUUUCUUUAGUCCUGGCUAGAAACCACUCCUCAAAAGCCUUAAGCAUUAAAUAGAUGGAAUACAGAAUCUGGCUGCCACUGGAUUUGUUACGUGCAUCCAAUUUCGUUUUGAAAGAGUGAUAGCUGCAGAUGACAAAAGAAGGAUAUUUAAUUGUUGUAGUUAAAAACUUAAAAUGUCAACCACCAUCUUUUGAAUUUGUAUUGGCUCAUCAGACAGGGAGGUCACCAGAAUAAAUUAACAACUAUCUUGUGUCACCAUUAAAUCAAAAGAAAUGUCUUCUUUGAAGCUCUAAGACUCCAAUAAUCUUGACAGGUACCUUUUUCCGUGAACUCUCAGUGGCAUGGUUGUGGUUUAACCACGGAAACGGAGCAUCCCACUUUACACUGAGAACCCCACAUCCCCCGAGUCAGGGAGUGAGUGUGGUCUUAUGGCCCGGCCCUGGGUGUAGGACAGCCAUGUAAACUGAAGAGUUCUAGAACCAGCUGAAAAUGGAUGUUUGGAUGUUCUGACCAAUGAGGUACCUCUUUGUGGACACAGGUCCAGUAAGCUAGUUUAACUCAGCCCCUCCCCCACCCAAAGCCCCCACCAUUUUCCUAAGUUCCCCCUGUUUUACUGCUCAGAUCUUCCCCUAUGUGCUCCUUGUCCCUACUUCACGUUCAGGCAGGGCUAAUGCUUUUUUAAUGAGGUCUAAAAAUGAAUUACCAAUCAAGAGCAUUGUCUUUUAAACAGAACUGCCUUUUUCUAUUCUUUAUAUAUAAAUUCUAUUGUGUUGGUCUAACAAGGCACUAUUUUAAAAAGUUUUGUUUUAAUUUCUCCCAUAGCACUUAAAAGAUAUUUUGUAAAAACUUUGUAAAGAUUUUGUAAUAAAAUGGUCUAAGGGCUCUUUUUCCAACAUUACCAUUUUUUAAAAAAAAUGUUUUAAAAGCUAGAAAACAACUUAUGUAUAUUCUGUAUAUGUAUAGCAGCACAUUUCAUUUAUGGAAAUAUGUUCUCAGAAUAUUUAUUUACUAAUAUAUUUAUCUUAAGCCAUGUCUUAUGUUGAGAGUGUGACAUUGUUGGAAUAAUCAUUGAAAAUGACUAACACAAGGCCCUGUAAAUACAUGAUAAUUGCACACAGAUUUUACAUAUUUGCAGACCAAAAAUGAUUUAAAACAAGUCAUAGUUGUCUAUGGUUUUGUAACAAAUUGUACAAAUGACUGUAAAAAAAAUACAAUUUUAUCAAGUA